AUGACCAAAAAUCUGCUGAUAGUCACGAGACAUUGUUGUCUGUACCUGUACGGAGUGUAUUUAGGAGGUAUGUACUCGCGUUUAUUGUAACUGACUUUAGCUAUAGGGUGUUCAUAGUCCCCUUUUUCGAGAUUUGUCCUUUUUGGGUAAGGGGAUAGGAAGUGUCUGUGCCUAAAAACUUACGGCUACUAAUUUGUACUCUUCGCAAUCCAUCUCUGCAGUCAUGGAAAACAUUAGAAAAUGUAACUGUAGGUGACUAAGAAAAGUCUUGUAGGCUUUCAGUACCAGCCCUGCUGUUGACAUAGGUCAUAAAGAACAAAACCUUUAUCGUAGUAUUUUUGGAUAUAUUGUAGAAUUUCGCUUUCGGUCUACCCACAGCGAAGAAUCAGUUGAAAUGCAGUAGAAGAACGAAUGAACAUUUGCAAAGUGCUAUAAACCAGUAUAAACAGCUAAUGCUUUGAACAGCUGAUGCCGCUUAGAUUUUCAUAUGGACCAAUCUAGGUCUGCAGUGGAAGGUAUAAAAGCUCAACAAUGACGCCCAGCUACAGUGUACCCCGGGGGUAAUUUAAGAAUGGUCGGGUAGGGAUAUGCCACUGGGACCCCGGAACCUUUACUCUAGACCUGACCUAGUAAGUUCGGCUGAAUUUUGCUACCCUAAACUAGACUAAGCCCCCAACAUCUCUCCGCAUCCUAGAGUAGCUAUUUUCAGGAAAUUUCAUACUGGGGUGAACACUUUCUUUGCUAUUUAACUGAAUUAAUUGCAGGUAAAUUCAGAUUUUCCGAUUUCCGGUUCCCCUAGCCUAGAGUAAAAUCUUCAAGCCAUUGACCACGGAGUUUUUCGAAAAAUGACAUCCUUUUUUUUUUAGACACAACCUCUCUGAUUCUAUACCCUACCCAGAGUAGGUUGAAAAACCAGACCCUUAACCCUUUCACUGCCAAAUGUGGCCAAAGGCAAAUUUCGACCAAAUUUCUAAAAUUUUGACAAACAAAUAGCAUCAUGUGAAAGUACAGGCAGAGAUCUUUCAUUUGAAUGGUCACAUCAUAGGUUUUCGUCCAUAGACUCAAAAGGUAGAGUCACCUUACAAAACUCCAUCAAACACCCUGGCAGUGAAAAGGGUUAACAGCGGCACAUACCUAUAAACUGAUUUCAUGUAUGGCAGUACCCCCUGGCAGUAUACCCGCCAGAUAGGCCACUGACAGGCAUAUGUACUCAAGGCAAGCACAAUUUGCAGUGUUAGUGUGAAUAAAAUUACAUGACUAGAGAUUAUUCUUUGUCUAUCUGCAUGUCUUGCUAAACAAGGCGGGUCGGCUAAGACAAUCAAUUAAGAAGAAUUUCUUUAAUUAUCAAUGUUAUUAUUAGUACUGGCUAAUAUAUUUUUCUUUUUUCCCCCUCUUUCCAGCGAUCAUGAAAGUAUGCUGUGGUGCUGUUAAAACAAUAAAGGGUGCUGUCGCAUUUUUUAUCGCAUUUUUCUUCGCUGUUUCCUUGGUUAGACUGGUUGCCGAGAUCUUCAGAUUCGGUACAGGCUGUGCAAAGGAUGAUUCAAUCUGUAUCGCUUUUGUAGUAGGCCUAGGUGUUGUAGUCCUUCUGUUGAUCACCUUAAGGAUGUUAGGACGAAAAAUGGUAUGAGCUAAAUUUGUACUUAGAUUCAACUGCAGUUGCAAUACUACUGAAACAGGUACUUCGCUAAUUCAAAGAUACGCCUGUCGGUUACAGCACACAAAAACACGUGAACUCUGAAGUUCAAAAGCCAGAUAGUGCUUCCGUUCUUCAGUCCUGACAAUCAUCUUAGCAGACCUCUCAGGAAACAGAAAUUGUCUUCAACGAGUUCAAAAGUUCGUGGUUUGUGGUUUAUGAUUGGUGGAUUUCGAUCCAUGUUUUGGUUUUCUGUGUUUCGCAGUAACGACUUAGGUCACGUGGUUUUGUUUGUCAAACCAAAAAGGUGAGCUCACGUUGUACAAGGGCACAGGUACUAGUUGGAGAUAAAUGCUAAAAGUAGUACUGAUUCAGGCUCCGAAGGCUUUUUAUAGACAUUCAAAGUUAUUUAAGAUUGUUUACUGCUAAGUAGUGUAAAAUCAGCUUGUGGAUGAUAAGUGACAAGUAAGAAGGAAAACAAUAGCAGCGCGCUUUAUCACUCAUAAUGUUCCUUUAUUAGUGGGAAGCCACUAAUCCAACAUCUUUUAGAGCAAUCGGUGCGAAGGGUUUUUAUAACGUACAGUGUUAUGCACGAAACGGUUUCUAUUUAUGCUGCCUUUGUUUAACCACUACGCCACUGCGUUUUGCUCUUCCCUUUCAGCCUAUCUAUUUCCCAGUCUCUUGUGGUCACAGAAAGUUAAUAUUUACCGGAACAAGUUCCAAAUCGCUUGAAGAAAUACUUUUGUGCGUUGAACAAAAUAUCCCGACAGAAGAGGAACUUCGUCACUUGAAAGAAAGAGCUCAAUGUUAUCUGAAUGAUAUCAAGGUUCAGCUGGAAAAGGCAGCAGGAAUGCAAAUGAAGCUUAUCUUUUCAGGAAGUACGGUUGAGAGAUACGGAAUCCCACGGAUGCUGUUAGGUAAUAGCUGCUGCGCUGGUUUCAGUCUUGGUUCUCUUCACACUGAUCUUGACGUCAUGAUUUGCCCCAUGGCAGUAAGAGCUUGUUUUUCAGGUCAAGGGGACAUACAUUUGGCACCCCUUUUUAUCGAUGGCGUCAAGGUUAUUGGAUACACUAAGCUAUUUCGCCUUACUCCUAUGCACAAAACGAUUUGGACCAGCCCAAGGCUUGUCAUAAAUGAAGUCGAAGAUUCUGUGAAAAGCACCCCUCUUCUCAAUUUUCCUAAGAAACCAUGGUAUGUUUUGGCGCCAAAAAUACAUGUCGAAUCCAAGGGGCCAGCAUUGAAGAUUAGCGUGCCUGCUGGUUUUGAGUUGGACGUCACAUUUUGUUUCUACUGCCCUGAGUGGCCAACCAAUAGUGACUGGCCUUCUCGACCACGCUACUGGCCUAGUAUGGCUGAUGCGCAGAGGAUUAUGUCACUUGGCUGUCAUGUGGUAGCAAAGUCGGCACCAAGCGACAAGGAGAACAAAAGCUGGAGAUUCUCUUUCUCUGUGGCAGAAUGUGAACUAUCUAAGCUAGUACCAGAUACAGCAAAGAAAUGUUUCUUGGCAUUGAAAAUCAUCCUAAAGGACCAUCUCCAGCCAGUAGUUCCUGAAAUCGGUUCAUACCACAUUAAAACUAUUUUUCUUAACACUAUGGAAAAAUUACCAGUCGGUUUCUGGGCAGACGAAAACAUUGAAAUAUGCUUUCUAACAUUACUGACAGAGCUUCACAUUGCCCUUCGGAGAAUGAAAUGCCCACAUCAUUGGUUUAGUUCCAUCAAUUUGUUUUCAAUUAAGGCUGAGAAGUUGCAACUUCUUGCUAAGAAAGUGCAAAGAAUUCGACAGGAUCCAUCUCCUUUUAUCUUGGAUGAUGGCUGCUGCUGCGUCUCGUCAUGUUGUGUGCGUGUACCGGAGGAGCACUUUACCUCCCGGGACAUCCAAGAAAUCAUUGCCGAUUACGAAGAGAGUCCCAUUUGUGUGCGGGCCAGUGACGACGGUAUGUGUCGAGAAAAUAAUUUUGUGGACCUUUGGCAUGAUGUAAAUUCGCCCAAGGUACACAAGGUCAGCGUAAAGGUAACUCCAAACAAAGAGCAAAAUCCCUCCCAAAGGAUGGAAGACCACCAAAUUUUGGCAGAUGAUUUGGACCUGCUUAUUCAGGACGUGUAA